AUGGCAGCCCUGACCUUGUGUUAUCACAAGGAGAACAUCCACAAGGAGAACAGCAAGUCCUUCCAGCCACACCACAAGGAGUCAUGUGAGGACACCCAGAACAAGAGCACCUCCAAGGAGCCUGAAUAUACACAGCUAAGGACAUUGCCAAACUGGGUUAGGAUGAGCCACCCAGGAGGAAAUGGCACCAGCGUGACCCUGAAGAAGACCCAGCUUAAGAGCCUGGCCUCCCUGAGGCAGAGACUGGACCUCCAUCUUCACCUGAGAGAUGAGGUGCUUGUUCUCGCACCAGAGAUAGCCAUGCAGCUCACACUCAGCCUUGUCACCCUUGUAGUGGUCCCUGAGCAUGUCCUGAGGCCACCCAACAGUCUGCUUUUGCCUGCUGAUGCUCUGAGCCCAGUAAGUAGAAGAAAGGCUAAGUCAGAGGACUUAGGCUCCUUCCUGCAGGGUGUGAGGUCCUUGUCCUGCUCUGCUCUUCAACCUUUGCCUCACUCGCUGACUCCUGGACCCAAAAUCUGUCUUCGGACCCAUCAUGGGCCUCAUAGAAAGGCCCGCAGAUGUCUUUUCUAA